CUCGCUGCAGGCGCGUAGCUCCUGCAUGCGCGCCCAUCCUCCGCAGUCGCGAAGCGCGGCGGGAGCGAAGCGCGAGUGAGGGAAAGGAGCUCUGCAGAACCGGCUGGUAGGUUUGUGAAUCGCUCGCUUAGAUCUGGUAUGCUAAAGCAGAACUACCUUUCUGCGCCGCAGUCGCUGCUCCGAACCCGCUGUGCGGGGUGCAGCAAAAGUACCAAAAGUAAUCAUUCAUUUAAAUCAAAACAGCUAAAGCACUCCUGCGGCCUGCGGGGGGGUGCUAAAGCAGUGAGCCAUUUUCAAGUUAGUCCUUCCGCUCCGCGCCUGCGGACCGCUGCAGGGGAGAGCACCUCCGCCUGCGGAGAGUCGUAGUAGCGCGCGCCUCUUUAGCGGCGCUCCGCAGUCCACCCUAAGGGGGAGGGGGGAGGGGCGCAGCGGUUCAUCCGCAGGAGGCGGCGAGCGGAGCGUAACUUAAAAAAAGGCUAAUAGGCUAAAUAGUAUGUAUAUUUGAGUGUCUUUUAAUACAAUCCGCAGUGCGCAGCAGCGAAGCGUUAGCUCCAACCAGUUUGCUCAAACGGACUGUGGCGCAGGAGGCAAGCAGGGGCCUAUUCUUUUUUUUAG